AUGGCGGCCAAUGGUGUUUGGCAAUGGCCUCAAAUGGCAUCGAACCCACUCUGGACAGAUCUGGUGGUGGACCCAGGCCACCCUCCUUCUCGCGAAGACCUCAGGGCCCCAUGCUCGCUCGAUUGCUUGCGUCCCCUCCUGAGCGGCAGUGAUUCAAAAAGCUUCGACGUGGAAUCCAGAAGCUCUGGAGCCCAUGAGCGGUGGAGUCUUCCCGCUGAGGGACGCAGAUUUGGAGGACCCCGUUUCCUCGCCCCCAGGGUUUCAACGUCGUUGAAGCGUGAUGCAGCUGUUUCUGUGGCGCUUGUUGAAUGCCGACCGGACCGCAUCAUCGAGUCUCAGGUUUCCCUUAAAGACGAUGCCCAUGACCGAUACGCCCCUAGCUCCCCUCCCAGACUUGAAUAUGACCAACGCUUUCGUCGGACAACGGCCGAAGGGGAGCGAGCUCAGGAGAGCCGACCUUCGCCAUCUUGCGAAAAUUGUCCGCCGGAGCAACCCUGGUACAACAACUUAACUUGCUAG